CACAGGCUGUCUCCCCAUCACCAGCGCCGCUUUCUAAAGCAGAGAGAGCGGGGAAGUUGCGGCCAGUUAGGGAGUAGGAGCCAUGGCUGCAACUGCUCAGUACCUGCCCAGGAAUAACACGCUGCCUUCCAGCCCCCUGAUGCAUCCGGACUCCGACAGGAUGCACCAGGGCACCACCUACAGAGAGGUGCAGAAGAUGAUGCACCAGGAGUACCUGCAGGGCUUGGCCACUAACGCCGGCCACCCCAUGAGUCUCACCCACCACCAGUGGCUGCCCAACCCCACCAGCGACUGGGGCAGCGGCACUCACCUGAGCGGGCAAGCGGAGCACAGCAAGGGCGGCGUGCAGAGCAGCAGAGAGGAGCUGAGCAGCAGCUUCCACCACCACAGGUCUCACCUGGUGCACCAGCAGUCGGCCGGCAGCCAUGCAUGGGCACAGAGCGGCGGCCACCACCUGUCCCCCAUGUCCCCCAGCUCCAACAGCCACCAGCCGCUUCUCUACUCGCAGUCCUCCUACACCAACCUGAAUGGCAUGCUGGGGCCCCAGGCGUCCUCCCUGCACCACAGCAUGCGGGACCCCCUGCACGAAGAGCCGGGAGUCCUGGACACUCACGUCGAGUCCCCUCCCCAACACCUCAGCCACCAUCAGGACCACUCGGACGAGGAUGCCCCCAGCUCCGAUGACCUGGAGCAGUUCGCCAAGCAGUUCAAGCAGCGGCGGAUCAAGCUAGGCUUCACCCAGGCGGACGUGGGCUUGGCCCUGGGCACCCUGUAUGGCAACGUCUUCUCCCAGACCACCAUCUGCAGGUUUGAGGCGCUUCAGCUCAGCUUCAAGAACAUGUGCAAGCUCAAGCCCCUGCUGAACAAGUGGCUGGAGGAGACCGACUCCACCACGGGCAGCCCCACCAACCUGGACAAGAUCGCAGCCCAGGGCAGGAAAAGGAAGAAGAGGACCUCCAUAGAAGUUGGGGUGAAGGGGGCACUGGAGAACCAUUUCCUAAAGUGCCCUAAGCCCUCAGCCCAUGAGAUCACCAGCCUGGCAGACAGUCUCCAGUUGGAGAAGGAGGUGGUGAGAGUUUGGUUUUGCAACAGAAGGCAGAAAGAGAAAAGGAUGACCCCAGCAGGGGUCCCUCACCCCCCCAUGGAGGAUGUGUAUUCACAGUCAGAGACCCCUCCACUCCACCACACACUGCAGACCUCGGUACAAUGACUAGACAUGUAUAAAGAGAGGAUGUGAGGGGGGGUGGGGGUGAUGAAGUAAAGUACUUUUGGAUUUUACAAAAGAAAAAUAGUUACAAGACCCCCAGAAAGAGACUGGAGGACCUUUUACCAGAAGAUUACACUAAGACACACACCACAAUAAAAUCCCUUCCCCAAAUCUCUUGGUACAUCUCAUCUCAUCUAUUAUUCUUGUUUCUUCUUGAAGGUAAAAGGAGAAGGGGUGGGAGUAAUUUAUUGAUCAGAAUAUUGUGGGAUAGAUUCAGAUUAUAAGAACUGUGAAUAUUUUUUAUUAUUAAUGUAAAUCUCAUUCUCACAAAGUUGUUGGCAGCUUUGAAUGGAAAGGUGUUAUUUAUUAAUUAGACUAUUUAGGAGGAUGGAGAGAUCUCUGAGGGCGUGGAUGCUAUGAAACCCCUGUUGUUUUAAACAAAAUAAAAAUUAAAUUUAUUUAUUGGGUUCCACAUACCUUUUUUAUUAAAGAAAAUACAUAUCCAAAGUUUUAUUUCUCUCUUAAUUUUGUAUCAUGUCACUUUAAAAAUGUAAUUGUCAUUUUUCUAUUUUUAUUUCAUUUGGCAAGUACCCUAUUUAUACCAAAAUUUACAUGCUAGAACAAGGAAUGGAGCUAUAUUCCUAUACAUUAAGUAAUGAGGCACUUGAAUUAUUUAGGCUUCUUAUUAAUUAACAUAGUUUUACUACAGCUUCUAAGGUCAAAAUGGCAGUUCACUGCUUAAGGUUGGCAUAUUAUCACAUAAAUUAUAUUAAUUUACUGUAUCCAUAUACUUUAGUAGAUUAAAAGCAGUACAAAUCAUAGACAACUACAGAUCUCCAUAAAGCUAUAAAGUGUAUGUUGUAUACUGUAAAAAGGGGAAUUAUAAAGAAAAGGAUGAAAUGAGACAUGCAUAUUCCAUUAUAAAGCUAAUAAACUGAAAAAAAGGAAAAAAAAGGUUUUUUACUUAAUAUUGUAAAUAUGUGUUAUAUGUAUACAUAUGUAUGUUUUUGGAACUUGUGAAUUUUUUUUGUUUAUGUUUUCAUUCUACACACUUUUGUACAAUUACUAAUUUUAAGAGGAUAUUUUAAUAUUAUUUCCAUAUAAACCUGCCCCUUUCUAUUUAUUUUCA